AUUUUAUUUAGCAUUAUUGAAAAAUGGCUGAUUAUAUUAAACAGCAAUUAAUAUUUUGCUUAAUUUUAUUGUUGUUGUUUGUAAUUAUUAAUCCAAAUAAUUAUCAUGCUAAACAAUUGCCCCUAACAAAUAGAGAGGAAGCUAGACUAUUGAGACUAAUUGAAAAAAUUUUUAAUUUGAAAAAUUAUGAUGAUGAUGAAAUAGACAUAAGUUAUCCAGAUAGUAACCGUGGUCAUCUAACUAAUUAUAAUUCAGAAACUGAAAUGGACAUAAGUUAUCCAGAUAGUAACCGUGGUCAUCUAACUAAUUAUAAUUCAGAAACUUCUUCUAAAGAUAAUAACAAAAAAAUGUAUCCAGAUAGUAGAUAUGGAGAUCUAGCUGUUUCUAAUCCAGACUGUACGUCACCAUUGGAUGAGGGAAUUGGUAGUAAUCAAACUGAUCGUUGGUUUUGUGGUAAUAGUUUCUGUCGACGGUUUGUAUACAAUGGUUUUGGCGGCAAUGCUAACAACUUUGCCUCAGAAUGGCAUUGUAGAUAUAAUUGCCAGAAUGUUUGUCCUCUAUCACCAAGAUAGAAGUUAAAAUAACUUACAAAUGCUAUAUAAUGUUUUUUUAAUCUUUUAAUUCUUUUAAUUUUUUAAAAUUUUUAUUAUAAAA